AUGACUGUGCUGUCCAGCACUCGAGGAGAAGAUGGCCAAGGGACAGCCUCAGCGGAGACAAGACACAUGGACACCUCUGCGGAACAGAUAAAUGAAAUAUUUCAUGGAUCCAAAUUGAGAAGGCAGUAUGUCAAAUCUCAUGUUGUCCAAGUAAGCCGAGCCCAAGGGAAAGUGAUAAUACACACUGUGCUGAAGUUUAAAUCCUGUUUUACAAAUAGUGCAGCAAAAUUUGGGAAUAAGAUCAAAACCAUUUUACAACAGAAACUAAAGGGUGAAACUGGGUCUUUAUGUAUAGAUCCUUCCUCAUUUAAAUUUUCAGACAUUGCAAUGCCAGCAGCAGAAAAUCUUCUCAAUACCUGUUGUGGACAACGCACAAUAACUCCCUCUGGCAACAAAGUAGCAGGGGGCCUGGAUGCCGAGGAAGGGGAAUGGCCCUGGCAAGCUAGCCUCCAGUGGAACAGUGUCCACCGAUGUGGAGCCACUCUGAUUAGUAACAGCUGGCUUAUCACUGCUGCUCACUGUUUCAUAAAAGACAAUGAUCCCAGAGAAUGGAAUGCUAGUUUUGGGCUUCUUUUAAGUGAUCCACAAACACAGCGAAGUAUCAAGGAUAUUAUAAUUCAUGAAAACUACCAUUACCCGGCACAUGAUAAUGACAUUGCUGUUGUGCACCUGUCUUCACCAGUAUUAUAUACGAGCAACAUCCGAAGAGCAUGUCUUCCAGAAGCUACUUAUACAUUCCCACCCAAUUCAGAUGUGGUGGUCACUGGUUGGGGAACAUUGAAGUCUGAUGGUGAGUUCCUAACCUCCCUCCAUUACACGGGUGACUCUGGUGGACCGCUGGUUGGUGCAAAUUCUAAAGGCAUCUGGUUUCUUGCUGGUAUCGUAAGCUGGGGAGAUGAAUGUGCUCUUCCAAACAAGCCUGGUGUCUACACUCGAGUGACAUACUAUCGAGACUGGAUCAAGUCCAAAACUGGUCUUUAG